CGCUGCUUUGUGAAGACGGCAAGAUGGCGGCCAGUAACUAUUACGGCUUCGCGCAUGGUGCUGCCGCCGCCGGGCCCCAGUACAGGCAAUAUAUAGACAUUGAAAAGCAUCGGAGUCAAAACCGACCCAUGGGGAACUUCACAUGCAAUCCCAGUACAGGCAGACGGAAGAUCACCCAUCGCCACCGACUGGGAGCACUCUGUCAGCAGCGAGUAGAGGAGAGAGAACUCCAUCUUCCUUCCAUCAGAAACAGGAUUUAGAUCGAGAAUUUGGAAUGCCUUAAAACUUUCUCCAACUGGUCUGUGAGCUUUAUGAAGGCUUCGCCACCACCAUCUGCUCCGUGGAAGAAGAGAUGCCUGAAAUUCCUGUCCAUAGCAGUGUGAAGCAAGGCUGUCCCCUCAGCCCCAUCGUUUUCAACCUAGCCAUGGAGCUGCUCAUUUGAGCCAUCUCCAGCAGUUUAGGCUGUUUUGAUGUGUACAGCAAUAGACUGAAUAUCCUGGUCUCUGCAGACGAUCUGGUCCAGAUCACAGACAACCCUGACAGUCUCCAACAAAUGCUUAAUGUCAUCAGCCAGGCUGCCAACUGGAUGGGACUCAGCUUCAAUGCUGGGAAGUGCGCAUCCUGGCAUAUCGAUGACAGUAGAAGGGACUCAGUCCAGGCGACACCAUUUCAGAUCCACGGUGAUCCCAUGUUGUUCCUCGAGAACAGGCAAGCUUACCAACAACCUAGCACACCUUUGGGUUUCUGUGUCCAGCAGACACCUGAGGACGCCAUCAAGGAGAUCCUAUGAGAUGUGGCCAGGAUCGACUUCUCCCUACUGACACUAUGGCAGAAGAUCAACGUCUUAAACACCUUCCUGACCUCCAGUAUCUCAUUUUUCCUGAGGUGAUCUUCCGUGGCAAAGGUACUCCAUCAAGCAGCAAUGCGAGAGAUCCAGCCAUGAACUGGUGUAUAUCUUGCACAGACAGGGUGAUGCCAGUAUCCCUCGAAUGGGUGAUCCGAGCAACAUUGCGGUGAUCAUUCAUGCCUUCUGACAUGCCCGGAUGCCGUGGUGACGAACAUCGCGGGAAGUGCUAUGCAGGAUGUCAUCAAGAAGCGAAUCACCAGGACCCUCUCCAACCAAGAUGUUGCCGCCUACCUGAACGGCUCCCUGGAAGCACUCAACCUGCUACAGCUUAUUCCCACCCAACCACUGUGGCAAGCUACACUGUCCAGCAAGCUCCUGGGGUGGUGCAUACUGUGACGCCAUCUUAUGCUCCCACAGUGCAGGCUGCCAGGCCGCUUGCAACUGCUGCCUAUGGAGCAUACCAAUCACAUUCAGGACAGGACUAUGGUUAUGGAACUCGGCAGCAGGAACCUACCCCCCAGCCUACCACAACACCAAACUACCAGGAUGGUUACAGUUAUGGACGAUCUACAUUAGCAAGCAGCUAUGAGAGCAAACAGUACUACCCGCCAGUUGCUACUCAGCCUCAACACACUGCCACAGACUCUUACUACCAGUCAAGCUCCAAAGGUGGCUACAGUCAAUCUAGUGGUAUUUAUAGUCAGAGCCAGCCACAGAGACAGGUGACUACAAUUAAGCCAGUUCAAACAGUGAGCGCCACAUCUUCAAGCUACAAUGCCUACCCAACAGUAACAACUGUUCAGCAGAAUGCAUCUGCCUCCUCCAUCACCUCAUACACCCCCUCCUCUUCAUACAACUCCACUUCUGCAUCAUACUCUGGGUCAAAUUACUCCAGUUAUGAUGCCACAGCAUACACAGCACCUAGCACUUACUAUCAACCGCCUCAGCAGCCCCAGGCCCAGCAUCAGCAGCCAGCACCCCUCCCACAGCAGCCGAAAUCUACGAGCUCUUCUUCAUGGAGCAGCACAGGGAACAGCACCACCACCAACUCUAGCAACAGCUUCAACAAAAAACCACCUUUUCAAAGCAAACAGCUGAAACCCAAAGGGCCCCCUAAACAGCCUCAGCUUCACUACUGUGAUAUCUGCAAGAUCAGCUGUGCUGGUCCACAGACUUACCGGGAACACUUGGAAGGACAAAAGCACAAAAAGAAGGAGGCAGCUCAGAAGACAGGUAACCUGGCAAACUGUGGCCCUCGUGGGGUGCAGACUCAGCUUCGAUGCGAGCUCUGUGAUGUCUCCUGCACAGGAGCAGAUGCAUAUGCAGCACAUAUCCGGGGAGCGAAGCAUCAGAAGGUUGUUAAAUUGCACACUAAAUUGGGGAAGCCCAUCCCUUCAGUAGAGCCUGUAGUAGUGAACUCUGGUCCAGGUCCUACCAUCGCUGCAGCAAGUAAGCCAGCUGCCCAUGCCCCUACAGCUGCAUCUGUUACACCAACAAAACCAGCAGUUGUAGCAACUAACAGUGCAAGCAACAUAAGCAAGCCAGUGCCAGUGAAGAAACCUGUUGCAUCCAAGAUAACAUUUUCAGGGACUAAUAAACUUCAGGCAACGAGCAUCAAAUUGGAGGAAGUGAAGGUGAUGCAAUCAAAAUCAGAGCUACAAAAUGAACAGUCCAUGCAUGAUGGCUCUGGGGAUGGCCCAGGGGGUUUACUUGACGUACAACCCGUGGGACAUGACUAUGUGGAAGAGGUACGCAAUGAUGAAGGGAAAAUGAUCCGCUUUCACUGCAAGCUCUGUGAGUGCAGUUUCAAUGAUCCUAAUGCCAAGGAUAUGCACCUGAAGGGGCGUCGGCAUCGGCUCCAGUACAAGAAGAAAGUAAACCCAGAUCUACCAGUUGAGAUCAAGCCCAGUAACCGAGCUCGGAAAAUGCACGAGGAGAAGAUGAAAAAGCAGAAACAGAAGGAUAUGAUAAAGAGACGCAGAGAGGAAGAGCAGCGUUGGCACAUGGAAAUGAGGCGCUAUGAAGAGGAAAUGUACUGGCGGCGGGUAGAGGAAGAGCAGUUCUACUGGGAAGAGCAGCGGCGUCGGAUGGCUGCAGACUGGCAUCCGCCCCCACUUAUGGGCAGACCUGGCAUGCCAGUUCCUCCUCUCUUGCCUACUAGACGUCCAGACUCUUCUGAUGACCGUCACAUCAUGACAAAGCACUCUAGCAUCUACCCAACGGAAGAGGAGCUGCAGGCCAUCCAGAAGGUCGUCUCCCAUUCUGAACGUGCUCUUAAGCUCGUCUCUGAUUCAUUGACAGACCAAGAAUCUGACAGAGAAGAUGAUGAUGAUGAAGAGAGGGGGACAGUAGAAACUGCACCCCGAAUUCUGAAAGGUGUAAUGCGAGUUGGCAUUCUGGCAAAAGGGCUUCUGCUCCAAGGAGACAGGAAUGUUCAUCUUAUCCUGCUCUCUGCCCAGAAACCUACACACACCCUCUUAACGAACAUCACAGAGCAGCUGCCCAAGCAGCUUUCAACGUUAACUGAAGAUGAGUAUGAAGUUUCAUCCGAUGCUGAGGAAGCGAGUAUACACAUCUGUUCGUGCAAGGAACCAAAAAUGCAGGUCACAAUUUCAGUCACAUCUCCUCUCAUGAGAGAGGAUGCUUCUGCUGACGAAGAAGCAACAGCAGAAUCUCAGCUUGACCCCUGUGAUAUUUUGAGUCAACAGAAAUGCCUAGAGUCACUGGCUGCCCUUCGUCAUGCUAAAUGGUUCCAGGCUAGAGCUAACGGUCUGCAGUCAUGUGUGAUUAUCAUCAGGGUUCUGCGAGAUCUUUGCCAGCGUGUACCAACGUGGGGGGCACUUCCAGAUUGGGCAAUGGAACUUCUUGUAGAAAAGGCUUUAAGUAGUGCAACAAGUCCGCUAAGUCCUGGAGAUGCCAUGCGCCGAGUUCUUGAAUGUGUAGCCACAGGAACACUCUUGAUGGAUGGACCUGGGCUACAAGAUCCCUGUGAGAAAGAUGCAAUGGAUGCUCUAGAGACUAUGACCAGUCAGGAACGAGAGGAUAUUACAGCCAGUGCACAGCAUGCUUUAAGGAUGCUAGCUUUCAGGCAGAUACACAAAAUACUUGGAAUGGACCCUUUGCCUCCUCCUAAAAAUAGACUUAAUGCCCGUAACAGAAAAAGGAGACGAGACACCAGUGAGACAGCUGAGGGCGAGGGCGACGGGAAGAAGGACAAAAAAGAGGAAGACGAUGCCUAACCACUGUUGUAGCAUUUGCUGAGAUAAUGUUCACAUGACUUUAAUUUUUUAUAUAUAAAUAUGAGUUGCUGUUUAGUCUAUGACAUUUGGCAAUUUUAGUGUUUUUCCCCUUGAAAUAACGUACUGUAGAUUUGUUUUAAAUUGUGCUUAAAUCAUUACAGAAAUUGCAUCAUUCCGUAAGAGUAAAGUUGAUUAUGGCAACAGUCCCUCUCCCUCUAUUACGUUCCCUUCCUGUGCGCCCCCCCUGCUCCUCCCCACUCUGAAAGAAACCCUCCCCACAGCAAAAUAGGUAGAUUGAGGCAGGCACUUUUUUUAAGCUCUGGUAUUUCUCUUAAGCUUUAAAUAUGUCCCAUGACGUGUAAAGGAAAACACAAGUUUAUUGGGUUUGUAUCUUUAAAAAGUUGUAUCCUUUUUCACUUUAGAUGUCCAGCCUGAAAUUGGAGGCAGUUUCUAGCUGGAUCUGGAGUGUCUGUCUGUCUGAAAUUGACAAGUUUGAUUUGAUUUCUUUUUUUUUUUUUGAAGGGGAUCUUGCACUUUGUGCGCUCCCACUUUGGGGCAGUGAAGUGGGUGCUGCAUUGUAAAGAGGUACAUAAGCUGCUUGCUCAGCUUUUGGCAAACCAGCCAACUUAGAAAUGACAGUUGGCAGUAGAAAUGACAGAGUCUGAAAUGUUUAAUUCCCUUGGACUUAUAGUUCUCCAUUAGACACAGCACAUUGUACUUAAAAACACCCCUGUAAAACAUGCUGUCUAAAACAAGAGAGGGGAAAAAACUGGAACGGUUUCUGCUGUUUGGUAUUGUGGUUUGCAAUUUUGCAUAGUUUUUCUCUUCCGGGAAAGCAAAAAAUAUGUUCCAGUAGAGGUGACACUAUGAGUAGGGGUAAGUGCUACUCUAAACAGUCUGAAGUGGUGGUGCUAAGAAUAGGGUCAGAGUGCUAACUUUCUAAUACCUGUUACAUGACAGUAUAAUCACUAACCACAGAGAUUCUCUGCAUACCAAUGAGUGCCUUCUAAAGAGAGGUGGCCAGGACUCACACAGGGAAAAACUGCUUUUUUUUAAUUUAUUUUUUUUAAAUCUGCACAGUUUAACAUCUAGUCUAUUUUUAAAGCCAGGCAUUUCUCAGCAGCACCUCUCAGAAAUAGAAAAAAAUCAGGCUUUGAUAGCUCUGCUUGUUUGGGCUACCAUUCCAUAAAAUCUGCUGAGCAAAGGAAAGGUGUCCUAGCUGCACUGACAGAAACGGGGUGAAGGGCUUGGUCUCAGCACUUGGUAUACAGCCAGCAGGCCCAUCUGGGAAAGCUGAUAGCCUAGCGCUGGGCAGCCAGUGGUGAUUGGAUCAACCUGUUUCUAUGUGGAGGGUUUCUCGAUUGGUUGCCCAGUGGCUUUAUUUUUUUUAAAAGAACUUUUAUUUUGACAAUGUUGUGUUUUAGGGUCACUUGACACGGUUAAUUUGGUUAUUUUAAGUGUGUUUAAAGGACAGCCUGUAACGUGGCUUUAAUAUUUGAAUGUCUUUGUAGUGCUACCUGGAAAAAAGGAGAAAAAUGAAAAAAAAAAAAAAAAAUAAAGGAGUUAUGCUUCCA